ACCAGUAUAAAGUACAAAUUCUAAUUGGAUAUGUCCGAUACUACACGGCACCUCGAUGCGACGCUCUCUGCGUCGACAUCUCACGACGACCCUGAGCCGCUAGAAGCCUCGCAGUCAGUGCACCAUACAGAGGAGACGCAUGUGCAGACAAGAGAAGAAGAAAAUACACUGGAACAGCGCAGCUUCGGCUCCGAGAUGUCCCACAAAAGCGAGGAAGAAGAAGACGACGGCUGGAUGGUCACUCCACUGGUCGGGCGUCAAGAUGUGCGCAUCAGCUCUGAGGAAAUGACAGAAGAGGACGAAGCCGAUGUGGAAGCCAGUGUCCGUGAGGCUCUGCGGCUUCUGGAGGACUCGAUAGACGGCGGAGACGAAGGGGAGAGCGAGGGAGAACAAGAGAGAGACCAGUGGAAGGCUGGGAGGGCGGAAACAGUCUACCUUGACUUUGUACACGAGGUAAUGGAGGACAGAUGGACACUGGACGACAUAGAUGGACAGCAUAAUGGUCAUUGGAGGACGCCAGAAGAACAGGUAGACAUCGAAGAAGUGGAGAUACAAGAGGACAAUAACGAAGAGACUGUCGGUGAGGACAAUGAGGAGCAUAAUGGAGACACAUUGGAUCAUCAGGAAAGAGAGCAAGAGCAGCAACACGAGUGGCAAGAAGCCUAUACAGCCAAAGGACGAGUAUACUACUACAACAGACGCACACGCGAGUCUUCUUGGAAGAAGCCGAGUCAUUAUAAUCCGAGUUCAAACCAACCACAGCCGUCUGCUGCAGCUACUGAAGAAGAGUCUGUGCUGCAUCGCUCCGUGUUGCGCCAGAGUCUUGGAUAUCGCCCUUCAGCUUCACCUUCAGCGUCUCCAAUUUCCAGGAUAGAGCGGCAGGCGACUUUGUAUUGCAAUUUUUGCGGCGAACAGCAGCCGUCGGACCAGCUCGCAUCGCACUUUCAAGAGUGCGCAUCAGCCAAGUUCCACAAGCGACGCUUGUCCCCGCUGUAUUUGAGCUUUGAACGCGCUCUCGGAAUAAUGUCCGAGGACUCGACAUUGAGAUCGUUGCAUUACGCGUCGUCGUUCCCAGAUCCUACACCUCAUGAACGACCAGAAGCUACGUCGAUGCAGGAUAGUUUGUUGCUACUGCGACCACGUCGUCGACAUUCAAGUGUCAAAGACACGGAUAGUACGCCGCAGAAGCUCCGUACCAGCCAAAGUAGAGUAUUCGGUACAGCAGAGAACGGGUUGAAGGUGUCACCAACGAAGCAAGAAGCCACAGACGCACCUCCAUCCCAAACUACUGACGCUGAGUCGUCCAAGCGUAAGAAAAAAAGCGUCAAGAAAAAGAACUCGCAAGCUACGAGUACAUUCCCAGUAAAGCAGAGUAUGGAGACGUGUCGGUAUUGCAACCGGAGCUUCGCUGAAGGUCGACUAGCCAAGCAUGAAGCAGUCUGUCCUCGUGUGUUCGGCAACGAAGGAUCUUGGGGACGAGGCACUCCAUCGAGCCAGACAUCCCCGUCCAAGCCGAAAAGUACUCGAGUUGGCACACCACCGAGUUCUGUAGGCUCUGUGGCACUUAAGUUGCACAAGUUGAAGGACCACACACUGCAGCAGAGCUACAAAGAACAUCAAGCCACGCUGGUGUUGUGUCCAUGUUGUCACCGAAAGUUUGCACCCUCGGGAGCCCAACAGCAUAUUGCUAUCUGUAAAGGAGUCCAGAACCGCCCAAAGAACCCCAUCCCAUUGCUACGUGACUACGCUAUGGCUGGCUAAUGGUUAAAUAUGGUACGAACUGUUGAGGAUGUAUUCUUUUGAUAGAUGUAUAGAUCAAUGCAACAGCAUUGUGCACUCCUUUUUUGACUGGCUGUUGUGCGCUAUCAUUUAGGGUCGGAAUCCAGCGUAAGCCUUUUCAAGAAUCUCCUUGCGGAUCUUCGGAUAGUCUGGAUACUGGUCCAGUACCUUGUUGCAAACAUCCACAGCGAGGACGAGUUUCUUGGCCUUGAGGUAGUUGAAGGCGAGCUUGAAUCCGAUCGCAGCGCUCGCUUCACCCUCGCAAGUCCAGGCUUCUUGAUAGCAUUCAGCUGCGUCGAUGUACGACUGCUCUUUCUCCAUCACCAGUCCAAGCAACUCCCAGGCUUUCCCAGACGACUUGUUAUGAGUGAGUGUGCGCUUGCAGAGCUCCUGUGCCAAGUCGAAUUUGCCUCGGUUGAUGUAGAUAUCCGCCAGCAGCAGGUAGCUGCGUUCGAACUCGUCAGCGAGCGUUUGGUCGUAGGUCAUCUUGGCGAUACGCUUGAGUUGGUUUCGCGCUUUGGGCUGCUGCUUGGUGAGCAUGUAGCCAGUUGCCAGUCCAAGUAAUGCUGGAACGUAAUCGCGAUCGACGGUCUCGAGGAUCUCCAUGAAGAGCUGGAUAGCCUUGUCCAACAUGCUCUUGGUCCGAACAGCGAGUACAGCGUAGGCUUCCAGCACGCGGAGUUUGGCGUCGCGUUCGUUGCGAGCAAUCGGCAGCUCAUCCAGGAGCGUAUUGGCGAUGCGCAAGUUCUCCGUCUGCUCCUUCGUGUUGCCUUCCGUGGUGUCGUUAGCGGCAUCCCAGAGGUUUUCGUUGUCUGGGUUGAGGUAGAUCUCGAUCAUGUUGAUGAGCGCUCGCUCGCCCCAUUCCGGAUCACGUCGAGCCAGAUUGAACUCGUCGAUGGCUUCCACCACGUUGUUCCGGUAGCGAGCGUACAGUCCCUUGCAAAAGUGAAGACCAGGUGCGUGUGCAACACGGACAUUGGCACUGCGUUCUGCUAGCCGCAGAUAGCGCUGAGCCAAGCCUCCUUGCUCCUUAUCAGCCGAAGACGUGUGCAGCUUACCAGCCCGACGCAACAUAACUAGGAACCGACUCAGAGCUGCGAAGUUGUCAGGACGACUAUCGAGGAGCUGCUGGAAGUGGUAAAUAGCGGAGUCGUUGUCCUCUUUUUGGAGUAACAAGUCAGCGAGCAUCAACGCAGCUUCUUCGUGCGCUGGAUUGAGUCGAAGCAGCGUUGAACAGCGCACCUGACACUGAUCCAAGUCGCCCAUCUGCUGAUAUGAACGUGCUAGAUGCAGCAGCGAACCUUCGUGCGUUUCGUCCGAACGCAGAGCCAACGUGCAGUAUUUGACGACGUUUUCACGCUCACUGUUGCCUGGGGCCGACGCGUAGAUGGACGCUAUCUGGAAGCAAGUAUUCGCGAUAGCUGCUCGCUGUUUGUUGAGCACGUCAGGCUGUUCGUCCUUCUGGCGGUCCAGAAUCACCUUCUGAAUAGCGUAGGCCUUCAACAACGCCUGCACUGCCAUUUCGUCACUACCCAGACCACGGUGAAUUGUUGGUAGAACCAGUUGCAGAUUUACAACUUGGAGGAGAUGACUCAGAGCCUCCGAGUCGCUGGAUGGAGCUUGCUGGACGACACGCUGUGCCUGAUCAAAGUGACGGAGUUUGGCGUACAGUUCAGCGAGGUCUUUACGCAACACCAAGUUCCCCGGUGCCAUCUUGAGCGCUGUCUCGUAGUAGUCCACGGCUUUGAGAUAGUCGUGCUUGGAGAUGAGGACACGCCCGAUACGGCCUGCAAUUGUUGGGUCUCCAGGACUUAGUGCCUUCGCACGCUCGAAAGACUGCACCGCUUCAUCCAGCAUUUGAAUACGUAGAUACGCCUCAGCCAAGCUCACGUGUGUUGCGUGACACGGAUUGAUCGCCACAAGCUCCUGGUAGCAGCGUGCGUACAAGUGCUUGUCCUUGCGAUACUGCAGAUAGAUGUCGGCUUUGACCAUUUGCGCCUUCGUGAACGCUGGAGAAGCCACGGGAACACUACUCAGCAUGGCGAUAGCUGCGUCAUAGUCGCCACGUUUGAUAGCAGCUCGCUGUUGGCAACGAGUACGCGGACUUCUUGAGAUGUACCACGGAAGACGUCGAGUGCUUCACGCACAGUCUUCGUGGCUUCGGAUAUAUCGUUGAGCUGUGACAGCACUUGAGCCAUGUGGAUGUACACUGAGGCCUUGCCGAAUAGUGAUACGUUGUCAUUCUCUGAUGGUUUCUGUCGCCGGAUUCCAGAACUUCCAGUACUUUGCGUCAUCUUCAUGGCGGUUUGCAGAGUUUGUAGUGCUUCACAGAGUUUUCGAGGAUACGAGCCUUGAUGAUGUAGUACGAGAGCGAUUGACGAACAGAGAAGUCGUAGCUGAGAGCCUGAUCUAGAGAAGCUGAAGCUGCUUUGAAAUGUUCACGUUCGAGACUCACUCGAGCCUGCAUAAGGUGCGCCUUGGAGUGCCCAGGCUCCAUUUUCAAGAUCAAAUUGGACACCUGAUAGGCGUCAUCUAGUCGCUGGGCGUCGAAGUAAGCCUGUGCGAGCACGAACUGUGCUCGAAGGAAACCGGGGGACUUGUUAACAAGCUUCUCGAGGAUGUUCAUGCCCUUGGCAACCGCAUCUGAGCUGUCAUCGGAGCCUUGCUUAGACGUAUCCCCUUGCAAGAAUUCUGUCGCCACUUCAACAAGAAAAAUCGGGUUAAGCAGACUCAUCGUAUCGUGAGUGGAGACGUCAGGUCCCUGGAUAGCCUCCUUAAGCUUGUCCAUAUGGACCUGCAUGGUUUGUUGCAGCAGCUUGACUUGUCUGGGUCUGUCACGGUCUUUCUCCCAGCUGAGUAACGCUUGGAGGAACGCAAAGCUGGCACUGGCACCCAGGGAUUCCUGAAUAACACUAAGGAAUUCCAUUUGUUGAGAAGCGUCUUCAAGUUGUCCAAGCUUGAUCUGACAGUAGAUCAUCCCGUGCAGCGCCAUUUCAUUGGAUUCGUCAAGCUUCAAGGCUUCUUUGUAGGACUCCAUGGCUUCUGCGAAGUCUCCAAGUAAUGCACGCUGGUAGCCACGCUCGGCACGGAAAGCUCCGCUCUCAGGGUUCAGUUGAAUGGCGUGCUCUAUCAGUCCCAAGCUACACUGCAGGACCUCCGAGUCUCGAUCUGAUACACGAGCAGUACAGCGCGAGAUCUCACAGAAAAGCUCUGGGUUGGCUGGUUCGACUCGUUUCAGAGCUUCAAGCAACUCUCGGAUACGCUCUGCAGCCUCACGGGCCCGACCGUCACGAGACAAAAGCAGCAGGAUCAUGAUACGCAGCGCCUCAAUAUCACGAGAAUUCUCACUUAAUGCUCGCUCCACACUGUCCAUACAUUGGUCCCAGUUGCCCAUUUUGAGCAACACCAAGGCC